GUGGUGAUAGGAAAUUAUGGAACCAACCUUUGUGGCAAUAUACAAGUAAUUUGGGUAAAAUUGAUUGAACUGCUGGAAAUCUGUCGUUCUAACUUACUCUGGUGUUAUGUUCACAACAACAACAACAAAAAAAAACCAUUUUAGUCUCACAAGCCUAGUCUGGAAGGGCCGAGUGUACGCAAAUCUUACCCUGCUUUAAUGCUUUAAAAAGGCAGAGAGGUUAUUUCCGGCAGACAGUGUUAUGUUCAGAAUGAGUCAUAUAUAUUGGGUAAUGUCAAAAUAGUUUGGAAGGACGAACUAUGUUAUGGGUGGCACCCUCUUUGCUUAAGGUAGAAAAGAAAAGGACAGCCCAGUGCACUAAACUCCUGUUGUGCAGAGGGUUUGUGGUGGGCUGGACCACAUUGGAUCUUAUGAAAAUAGUUGUUUCGUGGCUUGACGUGACCCCCAACUUUACUGGAUGAUAACUCAUUUUCAAAAAGUUCCAGAUGAUAAGGUCUAGGGUGUGAUGAGGUGGAACAAAGAUGUGAGCCGUUGCUUGUUCUUUUUGGUCAGGCGCUACUCUAGAUCGGUGGGCCAUUCUGCAAUAGCAAAUCGUCGUCAACCUGUGAUUCGAGUGUCAAACAGUAUAACACAUUUGGGCCGUCCAAAGGAGGGUGCAAAGCCUAGUCAGCUAUUGUCUUUGCCCCCAUUUCCUGGUCAUCCUUUGCCGGGAAAGAAAGCGGCCACCAGUCCUGACCAACCAUCUCGUCAUGUUACUGCCAUUAGCUGGAUCAAAUACUAUUUUGAUGAGAUACUAGGCUCUGUCAUCCAAUCCCAUUUUAAUAAGGGUCUCGUUCAGUUAGAGUUUAAUGAGUCAUCUACAAGCAAGGAAGGACAAACUAGAUUGCUGAGAAAGAUUAAGCAUUCUGAGGUCAUGGAAGUUGGUGCAAGAGUUUAUGUACCCAUAUCUGUUGCUGAAACAAAAAUCUCAAAACGAUAUGAUGUUAUACCUAGUGGCACUUUGUACCCCAAUGCUGAUGAGAUAGCAUACUUGCAAAGGCUUGUAUUUUACAAGGACCCUGCCAUAAUUGUGCUAAACAAGCCCCCCAAACUGCCUGUGAAGGGAAACCUUCCCGUGCAUAAUAGCAUGGAUGCCUUGGCAGCUGCAGCAUUGUCCUAUGAAUAUGACGAGGGUCCUAGGCUGGUACAUCGUCUUGAUAGAGAGAGCAGUGGCCUUCAUUUAAUGGGAAGAACAGAAGAAAGUAUCUCCCACCUUCAUUUGUUGUUCAGCAGCACAAAAAGGUCCAAGUCCCUGUCUAAGGCAUGGAAUGAUGCAUGUGGAUCAACGUAUCAGAGGUAUUGGGCGUUGGUAAUAGGUUCCCCCAAGGAGAAGGAAGGCAUAAUCUCUGCACCACUUACAAAGGUGCUUCUUGAUGAUGGUAGAACUGAGAGAGUCAUGUUGGCUCAGCACUCAGGAUUAGAAGCUUCUGAGGAGGCUAUUACAGAAUAUCGGCUGCUUGGUCCAAUGAUCAAUGGAUGCUCAUGGAUUGAGUUGCGCCCUCAUACAAGUAGAAAACAUCAGCUUCGAGUCCAUUGUGCUGAAGCCCUUGGAACUCCAAUUGUGGGUGACUACAAGUACGGUUGGUUUGUCCAUCGGAAAUGGAAGCAGAUGCCAAGAGUAGAUGUUGAGCCGACAACAGGGAAACCCUACAGAUUAAAGAGGCCGGAAGGUUUGGAUGUUCAGAAAGGAAGUGUCUUAUCUAAGGUUCCUUUAUUACAUCUGCAUUGUAGAGAGCUUGUGCUCCCAAACAUUGCCAAGUUUAUUGAGCUUCACAGUCGAAAAACAAGAACUCGCUGUUUAAAUGCAGAUAAUAGCUCAAAACCAGAUCUCCUUCGGUUUGUAGCACCAAUGCCAUCUCAUAUGAAAAUUAGUUGGAAGCUUAUGUCCUCUUACUUGAUAUGAAAAUAACAAGAAUCCCUUGGUUGUUUCCUCAUGCUUUGCUCUCUCAAUUGUCUAUGAUCUAUCAUACAUAAAGCAUUUUUAGUUUCU